GCCAGUCGCCAGUCACCGCUACUGCAGGCUGCCGGCCCCGGCAGGGCGGCUGAAGGAGACAGAGGCGCCGCGUGAGGAGAGGAAGAGGCCGGGCCAUGGGCAGCACCCUGGAGCCCCCCGGGGGCGGGUACCUGCACCUGGGCGCCGUGACGUCCCCCGUGGGCACCGCCCGCGUGCUGCAGCUGGCCUUCGGCUGCACCACCUUCAGCCUGGUGGCCCACCGCGGCGGCUCCGCGGGCGUCCAGGGCACCUUCUGCAUGGCGGCCUGGGGCUUCUGCUUCGCCCUCUCCGUGCUGGUGGUGGCCUGCGAGUUCACCGGGCUGCACAGCUGCCUGCGCCUCUCCUGGGGCAACUUCACGGCGGCCUUCGCCAUGCUGGCCACGCUGCUCUCGGCCACGGCCGCCGUCCUCUACCCGCUGUACUUCACGCGGCUGCAGUGCCCGCCCGCGCCCGAGGGCUGCGCGGCCCGGGACUUCCGCCUGGCCGCCAGCGUCUUCGCCGGGCUCCUCUUCCUGGCGUACGCCGCGGAGGUGGCCCUGACGCGGGCCCGGCCCGGCCAGGUGGCCAGCUACAUGGCCACGGUGUCUGGCCUCCUCAAGAUCGUCCAGGCCUUCGUGGCCUGCAUCAUCUUCGGGGCGCUGGUCCAUGACAGUCGCUACGGGCGCUUCGUGGCCACCCAGUGGUGCGUGGCCGUCUACAGCCUGUGCUUCCUGGCCACGGUGGUCGUGGUGGCUCUGAGCGUGACGGGCCACACGGGCGGCCUGGGCUGCCCCUUCGACCGCGUGGUGGUGGUGUACACCUUCCUGGCUGUGCUCCUGUACCUCAGCGCCGCGGUCAUCUGGCCCGUCUUCUGUUUUGACCCCAAGUACGGCGAGCCCGGGCGGCCCCCGGACUGCGCUCGGGGCCGCUGCCCCUGGGACAGCCAGCUGGUGGUGGCCAUCUUCACCUACGUCAACCUGCUCCUCUACGUCGCCGACCUCGCCUACUCACAGAGGAUCCGCUUCGUGCCCGUCCUGUAGCCCCCGCAGCCGCCCGCCACCUCCGCUCUCCAGGCUGUACACGGGGGGCCAGGGGAAGCC